AUGAAGUUGCUCAACCUCCUUCUCGGCGCGGUGGCCACCAGUUCAGCGCUGGCGGCACCGGCAUCUGUUGCGCCGACUCUCACAACCAAGGAGAAGCGAGCCGGCAAGUUUAAGUUUGUCGGCGUCAACCAAUCUGGCGCCGAGUUCGGCAAGGAUACGCUGCCGGGGCAGCUCGGCAAGCACUAUACCUGGCCCGCUAAGUCGAGCAUCGAUGUCAGCUUUGUCCUGUUGCUAUGUUGCUCUUGGGAGCGAAGCCGGUACUACGAGCGAAUUAUCACCGACGUUGACGGGUUUAAGGCGUGGUGGACGACGACGGCCAAAAUAUUCUCCAGCAACGACAAGGUCAUCUUCGAUACCAACAACGAAUACCACGACAUGGACGACAAGCUAGUCUUCAACCUCAAUCAGGCCGCCAUCGACGGCAUCCGGGGCGCGGGGGCCACGUCGCAGCUGAUCUUCGUCGAGGGCAACUCGUGGACAGGAGCAUGGACAUGGGUCUCCUCCGGCAACGGCGCAUCGCUCAUCAACCUCUCCGACCCCGCGGGCUCCGACAAGCUAGUGUACGAGAUGCACCAAUACUUGGACAGCGACGGAUCCGGCACAUCGGAGGCGUGCGUGUCCGGGACGAUCGGACAGGAGCGGCUGCGCGAGGCGACGGCGUGGCUCAAGGCCAGCGGCAAGCGCGGCAUCCUGGGAGAGACGGCGGGCGGGGCCAACGCCCAGUGCAUCGCGGCGCUGACGGGCAUGCUCGCGCACAUGGCGGAGAAUGCGGAUGUGUGGAUGGGGUGGUUGUGGUGGGGUGGUGGGCCGUGGUGGGGGACGUAUAUGUAUUCGAUACGGGCCAAGUGGGGCUCUGCGGGGUGGAGGCUCUGCGCGCAGCAUAGGUGGGGCACCGCGCAGUGUGGCCUGUGCGCAGAACACAUGGAAGAUCUAUACCAGCUUAGCCUCGUGAAUCGUCGUCUUCUGAGCGUGGUUGAGCCGAUUCUGUACGCCAGAGGCAUCGGGUACCAUUUUGCAACACCUCUAGCAUGGGCUGCUAAAUUCGGAAUUGCAGCUACCCUGCACAAGGUCCUGGCCGCCGGUGCAUCGCCAGACCGCAAGUUGCGAUGCCAGAUGACACGCCACUUCUGGCAUUUUGCCAACGAUGCCCAUCAAGCCACCUUGGACUGGGCCGCCGGGGACCCCAAGUAUUGGCCGCCCCUUUCCAAUGACCGGGUCGAGGCGCUUGACGACGAAGAAGAAAUCUGGGCCAAAGACAUGACGUCCGGCCUAGCCGAUUUCGAUGUCGGCUAUCCUGCUGAAGUCUGUCCGUCUGCCGGGCUGGCUGGCAACGGCAGUCCGGAUAGCUCCACCGUCGAUUUUGCCCAAUCCCCCCGUGACCCCCCUCCCGAACUCUACGAGGCCGAUCGCCUCCUUCGCGAAUACACCGCCCUUCAUCUUGCUGCUAGAGAGGGACACACCGACUUUGUCAAUCUCUUGCUGGCCAACGGCGCCUCAGUCGACAGCUCCUCCCGCUGGUUCUGCCCUUGUCGCCCGCAUCGUGGCCUUUGGCAGACCAUGUUGGACCGGCCGACUCUUGGUCACCUCCUUAAGCCAGUCCAUUGGCUGCCCCUCCACGCCGCCAUCUGUUCUUCACGCAUCGAAACCGCCAAGAGUCUCCUUUCGGCGGGUGCAACAGUCUUGAGAAAUUCCCACAAUGGAUCCGCCAGCUACGGAGCUCUUCACCAGGCGGCAGCCGCAGGCCAUGUCGACUUGGUCCGCUAUAUUUUGGACACUCACCCAGAUAUCGACGUCGACGUCCCGGAUGAGCUUGGCAUGACUCCAUUCUACCACGCUUAUAUCAAUGCCCGCUGGGAUUCCACCAUUCCUAUCCUGAUGGCACGGGGGGCAAACAUCAACUCCCGCGUCCGCGUAGUUUUCGAUCGCCGCCACGGCGACGUCCAAACCAAUGUUCGGCUCGAUGCCACUCCCCUUGCCGAAGCUUGUCGGCUCGGCCGAUUCGAAGACGCUCUGAAAUUAAUUGAUCUCGGCGCCAAUGUCACCAUGGGCGUUCAGCUCGGCAACGAUUCCGCCAUCAACAUGAACAUCCCCCCCCUGCACCUUUGCUGUAUGGACUUUGGUCUGGAUAACGAGUUUUAUCCGACAGGAGAAGCAAUUUGGAGUCGAGCUCCAGGGCAAAGGGCGUUUCGAGGAGCAGUCAUCGCGAGACUUGUUGCCGCUGGCGUCUCGCCAGACGCGAAGAUGGGGUUCAUCGGUUUUGGUGUGGAAACCGCCCUCACCGUGGCCGUUAGGCAUACUAACGUCGCCGCCGUGGAAGCCCUACUCGCUGCCGGCGCGGAUGUCGGAAUACGCAAUUUAAAGGGGAGGAACGCGUUGAUGGUAUCCGUGGAGCCGCCCACCAUUGACUCUCCCUCCGAAAUGAGCCUCGGCUUUCUGUCCUACGCCCCGGCAUAUCUGGCCUCCUUUCGCAUAGCACAUUCCGACGCGUGGGCUAUCACCAAGCUGCUAAUUGAAGCUGGCGUGAGCUUGGUUGACGGGGACGAAGAUGGUGACACUGUUUUGCACCUCCUCUUCGACAGCCUUGACGAGGGCGACAGAUUUAGGAUCGAAUCGCCUUCCGACAUGGGCAUUCUUCGGCUCUUGCUCGCUCGAGGCGCUGACCCUUGCUUGCGCAACAAAAAAGGUGUUCCGGCCUUGCAUGUCGCUGUCCGGAAUGGACGUCUGGCUGCCGUGCAGUGCAUAGCAGCACAAGGCCGCAUCGACCUCGUUAAAACCUUUCCCAUGGAAGUCGUUGGUGCCCUUUUCGACGCCGUGCAAUUCGAAGAUGACAUCGAAGAUGCAACCACCGAUCCCGACUGGGAGGCCCUUAUGGGCGAUCCGCACCGAUUUAGCGCUGCAACACUGCGACUGAUCGACGCCCUCGUUGAUAUGGAUCGUUCGGGCCGCCUGUCGUCAAACGUCUCUUUUAUCUGCUCUCGCUUGCACAACCGGCACAGAAAGGACCCCGCAUUGGAGGUCGCCGAGGUCCUCUGCUACCGGGGUCUCGCGGCGGAUACCUUCGACGGCGAAGCCAAGUUGACGAUUCUGCGCGCGGCCAUUAAAGCCGCCCGUUGGGACAUGGCCAGGGCCCUUCUACGCGACGUCCCAGAGACGGAUAUUAACUCCUUGGACCCAGAGGGCCACACCCUUCUCUCGCUGGUGACUUCAUCGCGCCGGAUGCAUGAUGGCGGGUUCGCAUGGGAACUUAUCGAAGCCGGUGCCGAUAUACACAUCCGCGUCGCCCCUAGCUUGUCAUGCGGCGAAGACACGACGCCCUUGAAGCAAGCUCUCAUAUGCUCCGACACGUACCCUAUCGAACGCAUGUUGCAAAAACAACCAAUCCGCGGCAAUCCUCGUGCCAUUGAGCAUCGAUAUCUGCACUGGGCCGUGACGCUCCCCUGGAAUCCAUCUCUGGAGGAAGAAUGGUCCGAGUCGGUUUGGUCUGAUAGGGACACGAUAGUUCGCGCCCUCCUCGUCGCCGGCGCCGACCCUACUCAGCUAGACAGCAACGGCGACACACCGUUGUUGAGAGCCGCGAGAGAAAUGGACGAGAAUAAACAUGAUGUGUGCCGAGAGAUCGGCCAUUGGGUGAAGCCUCUAAGUAGAGGCGUCGAUGGCCACCGGAAAAAUAAACAAGGGCGGAGCAUUGUAGACCACCUCACCAACAUCAUCAACGAGCGGGAACUUUCUGAUCUCGAAUUCAUGUAUAGUGUGAUGGUAUUUAAUCUGACCGAAGACGGAAAGUCCGUGAAGAGAGCGAUACGAUGGCCGCCAAAGUGA